UACUUAAAUCUCAAAAAAUAUAUUUAAAUUAUUUAUUUAUUUAAAAAAAAAGAAAUUAAAAAUAAAAAAUGGUUGAGAGAGAAAGAACACUGAGAACAGUGAGAGACUCGAAGACUUUCUCCGUAUGAAGCUUCAGAUUUUCCCGAGAAAAUAACCAGCCUUUAGCAAUCCCUAACCAGAUAAGCAUUGUUAGCUGGGGAGGAAAGAGUUUACAUUUCAGAACUUUAAGAUUUUUUGGUCAUGGGAGAGGAAGAUACGGUGGUUGAGGGAACUGAGACUGUGGCAAAUGGGACUAACCCGCCGGACAAAACCAGUGACACUGUGGCUGAGACAAAGGAAAAGGAAGUAAAGGUGAAUGACGAGCCAAAGGAGAAGGAAGUAAAGGUAAAUGAUGUGCCAAAGGAAAAGGAAGUAAAGGCAAAUGACGAGCCAAAGGAAAAGGAAGUAAAGGCAAAUGACGAGCCAAAGGAAAAGGAAGUAAAGGUGAAUGAUGAGCCAAAGGAAAAGGAAGUAAAGGUGAAUGACAAGCCAAAGGAAAAGGAAGUAAAGGUGAAUCACAAGCCAAGUGAAAAGGAAAAGGAAAUAAAGGUGAACGACAAGGCAAAUGAAAAGGAAAUAGAAGUAAAAGAGGAGUCAAAGGAAAAGGAAAAGGGAAUGGAAAUAGAAGUAAAUGAGGAGUCAAAGGAAUUGGAAACGAAAGAUGUACCUAAGGAAAAGGCAGAGAAAGCAAAUGAUGAGCCAAAGGAAAAGGAAGUGGAAAUAAAUGAUGAACCUAAGCCAAUGGAGGAAGAUAAAAAAGAAGACAAUAAAGAUGAAGCUGAGAAGAUGGAUGAAGACCCCAAGGGAGAUGAAAAGAUAGAUGAGAAAGAAAAAGAAAAAGUAGGGGAACCUAAAGCUGAGCUGGUAAAGGAAGAAACUAGUCCAGCUGAAAAAGAAGAGAAGAAAGAAAAGGAUGAAGUUAAUGAAGCUGCGGAUGAGAAGAUGGAUGUGUCAAAGGAGGAAGAGCAGGACAAGGAUGAGAAAACUGAAGAGCCCGAGGAGGAAAAAGGAUCAAAGAAGCCUGUGAAAGGGAAGAGGUCGGAGAAAACCAAGAAGGAGAAGAAGGUAGUGGAGGAAAAGGAGAAAGAGCCAAAAACUCCUGUAAGUGAUCGCCCUGUACGAGAGCGCAAAUCAGUUGAAAGGCUGGUGGCAACUAUUGAUAAAGAAUCUGUCAGGGAAUUCCAAAUUCCAAAGGGCAAGGGUACACCACUGAAAGAUAUACCCAAUGUGGCUUUCAAAUUUUCAAGGAGAAAAACAGAUGACACUUUGAAAUUACUUCAUACGAUUCUUUUUGGCAGAAGAGGAAAGCAAUUUCAGGUCAAGAGUAAUAUAUCUCGGUUUUCAGGUUUUGUGUGGCAUGAAAAUGAGGACAAGCAAAAGAACAAAGUAAAGGAAAAACUUGAUAAAUGCAACAAAGAGAAAUUACUGGAAUUCUGUGAUUUGUUUGACAUACCAAUUGUCAAGACUACAACUCGUAAGGAAGAUACUGUCAUAAAGCUGAUGGAUUUUUUGUUGGCCCCUUAUGCUACUACAACUGUGCUACUUUCUGAAAAAGAAAAGUCAGAUAAAGGGAAAAAGCGUAAGAGAGGAGGAAAACGAAGUUCGUCAAGGAGCUCAUCUGCAAAACGCUCUGUUAAGAGAAAGAGUGAGGACACUUCAAAAGCACAAGCCAAAAGUCAUGGAUCUGAUUCGGAAGAUGAAUCAGAAGAUGAAGAAGAAGAGGAGGAAGAACACAAAGAAGAGGAAGAACACAAAGAAGAUGAAGAAAACAAAGUAGUUGAAGAUGAAGAAAAUGAGGUGGAAAACGAAAAUGGUCUUCCAGAAAAAUCUGAAGAUGAGAUUAGUGAGCAUUCUAUAAGUGAAGAGAAAGAGGAAUCCGAAGAAGAGGAAUCUGAAGAAGAGGUUAAAAAACGUAAAAGAAGUUCCAAGAAAACUCCCCAAAAGAAAGAAUCUGCUCAAAAAUCUAGAAGCAAGAAGGUAAUUGUUUCACCUAAGUCCAGCCCCCCACCACCUAAAAAAAAACCAAAGAAGUCAUCAAAGCAGUCCAAGGAUGACGAUGAGAGCGAUGCGAGUCCAAAGGUAUUCUCAAGGAAGAAAACAAGUGAAAAGAAAGCCCCAUCUAAAGCAAAACCUGCUCCUAAGGAGAAAUCAGGGAAAAAAUCCUCUAGAGGAAAGGUUAAGACCAAGGAUAAAUUGAAGCCAAGUGAUGAUGAGCUGAGAGAUUCAAUAUGCGAAAUCCUCAAAGAAGUCGACUUUAACACAGCUACUUUCACCGACAUUUUGAAGCUACUCGCUGAGCGAUUCGAUGCUGAUCUAACACCAAUGAAAUCAUCGAUAAAGUUGAUGAUUCAAGAGGAGCUUACGAAACUAGCAGACGAGGCAGACGAAGAAGAAGAGGAAGAAGGAGAAGAAGGCAAUGCAGAGAAGGAUGAAACUAAGGCUAAGUCAAGUGGGAAAGAAGUAGAAGCUUGAUAUGAUUUGAUGAAAACAAGAUUGGAAUUAGUAGAGUUUGUGGGGGGACUAACUAUGAAGAAAGUAUUAGCAUUAGUAAGUAUAACAAUAUUUUAUUUCCUCUUUUACCCUUUUGAGUUAUUUGUGGAUUUACAUGCAUAUUAUUAGUGUAUCAAAGUCCCCUUUGUCUGUAAUUUGUUUGUUUAGUUAUUUUUAUUUGGUACCUACCAACAAACAAACAAACAAGCAAAACUAUAAUCUGUGAAAUUGUAGCUUUUCAAUGUAACACAUUUAACAUAUAUUUUGUAGGAAUUUUUAGUUUAUUUAAUUUUAAUAGAACUACUACUACUACUACUA